AAUUGUUUUCCCAGGCUUGUGCACUGGAAUGUGAAGGAAAACUGCCAUCCCUGAAAAUCUGGGAAACCUGCAAGGAGCUCCUGCAGCUGUCCAAAUCAGAGCUUCCUCAGGAUGGCACCCUCAGAGAAAGCAGCCACCAGGAGGAGAGCCACUUGCUAGCCAAGAGGUAUGGGGGCUUCAUGAAAAGGUAUGGGGGCUUCAUGAAGAAAAUGGAUGAGCUUUAUCCUGCGGAGCCGGAAGAACAGGCCAACGGAGGUGAAAUCCUUGCCAAGAGGUAUGGGGGCUUCAUGAAAAAGGACGUGGAGGAUGACUCCACGGCCAAUUCCUCGGACCUGCUCAAGGAGCUGCUGGGAACAGGGGACACCCGAGAGAGUAGCCACCCCCAGGGCGGCAGUGAUAAUGACGAAGAAGUGAGCAAGAGAUAUGGAGGCUUCAUGAGAAGCUUAAAGAGAAGCCCCCAGCUGGAAGAUGAAGCCAAAGAGCUGCAGAAGCGCUAUGGGGGCUUCAUGAGAAGAGUGGGUCGCCCGGAGUGGUGGAUGGACUACCAGAAAAGGUACGGAGGUUUCCUGAAGCGCUUUGCUGAGUUCCUGCCCUCGGAGGAGGAAGGCGAAAGUUACUCCAAAGAAGUUCCUGAAAUGGAAAAAAGAUAUGGAGGAUUUAUGAGAUUUUAAUACCCUUUCCCAACAGUGACCCCAGGCCCAACAAGCCUCUCUGUAUCCCCCACCAGUGAGAAACGACCUCAUUGAUCGUGUUUUAUUGUCAUUUGUGGCUUGUGUUGUACAGUUGACUUUACUGUCUGGAUAAGUAGACAGCCUGAAAGCUGUCACUUUAGGUUCUGUGUUCUUUUUAGAGUCUUUGUGCUCAGUAUUGGUCUAUUGCAGCUUUGUCGUUUUCAUGCUUAGAUAGUUUUUGUUACUUUGUUCCUUGUUUUUGACAAAACAUCAACAAAUGCUUACUUGUUUUAGAUAUAAUAAACCCUUUACCCCAACUGCA